GGAAACAGUCAGGCUGCUGUCACAUGGUUUUUUUUUGCAGGCUGAGCUGAGGGAAGGAGGAGUUUUGCUCUGAAGUUUGUGUUAAACCUGCUCUUUUCUUUCAUGUAGCCCCCUCAACAAGUGGUGCAGCUGAUUGAACCAAAGUUUUUUUUAAUAUUAUGGAGAUUCCUGCCAUAAAUCUAAAGGCCAUAGUUCUGGCACACUGGCUGCUUACGAUAUGGGGUUGCAUGGCGUGGCUACCCUACUCCUAUUCUUGGGGGAACUUCAGCGUUUUAGCAAUUGGGGUCUGGGCUAUUGCACAGAGGGACUCGAUCGACGCCGUGCUCAUGUUCCUGAUGGGAAUGCUCGCAUCGAUAUUGACGGACAUCAUCCAUUUCAGCAUCUAUUACCCGGCCAAUGACUUGUCGAUAGACCGGGCAAACAACGUGUUUCGCUUCAGCGCGGGGAUGGCCAUCCUCAGCCUGCUGAUCAAACCGGUGUCCUGCUUCUUCGUCUACCAAAUGUACCGGGAACGUGGAGGGGAUUACAACGUGAACUUUGGUUUCCCCUCAGUAACACGAAACAGAGAGGCCUACCAGUCCAUCGACACACAGGAGGAGUCGGCCGGCCAAGCGAACCCCUUCAACCAGCAGCAGGACGGCAAAACAGGACCCCGCUCAUACUGAGAGGAGCAGGAGGGACAAAUGCAGCGCUUCCUCUGACUUCUCCUGCAGCGGUGCAGCUCUUAAGGGCAAUUUUUCACAAUCAGUUCCACAUGAGCACUGGUGUUUUGUACAGUCUAUCAGCUAAAAACGUGUGAUUGUGAAUAAGGAGCUCUAGUUGAACUUAAUUAAAUAAACUGCAGUGUAAAUAAACCAAUAACGUUUUCCCUUUCCCAAAGCUGGGAACAGUUUUUGAUGAGCUGGCACGCUGCUGAAUGAAGACAGAGGAAGCACUGCUCUGCACUCCCAUGCUGUAUUACUGGUGUUUCCGUCUACUAUUUUAGUAGAGUGAUGAAUGUGUUCAUGGGUUUACUUUUUCCCCGAGUGAGUCAGUUUUACUAUGUGGCACUUAAACACAUUAAAGGAAUAGUUCAGAUUUUUUUUAAAAUA